UUUAAGCUUUCUCUCCAAUAACAAACUUCAGCGUUUGCCAAAGUUAAAAAAUCUCUCCGAGAUAGAAACAUUAUACAUGGAGAAAAACAGCCUCGUAACCCUGUCACGGGAUCAGUUCCAAGGCCUGUCCAAAUUGAGAGACCUGGCUGUUUAUGAAAACAAUAUUCAGUACCUGCCGCGUGGAGUUUUUAAAGGUUUAACAAAACUGCAGUCUAUGAGCUUUUAUUUUAACAAAAUCCGCAAAGUGAGCAACGAGCAAUUCAAAGAUAUCGCGCCAAGCAUUCGAUUCCUUUACUUCCAUUACAACGAAAUGCGAGAACUGCCGGCCGGUUUCUUCUCGAACAUGAGAAAUCUAAUAGCAGUAACUGUAGACACCAACCUGAUGUGUUGCCAUUUGACGAAGGAGGACGCAGAUUGCGACUUUGCUUAUGUCGACAGCUUCGCCAGUUGUCAAACUAUGUUCAGAGAUCGAGCCCCUAGGAUAUGUCUCUGGGUUGUCGGAAUUAUGUCGUUGGUUGGUGCUGUGUUUGUCAUCGUGUGGCGGUUGGUUUUUAAGGAGACAAAGGAGAAGAAUAAGAUACA